GAUUCGGAAGGUGUCACCACGUCACUUGUAGAACUGAACCUACGGAUAACAGUUGUCGUUUUUCACCGAUCGUUCUUUCGAUAUUUUCAGCGAUUUCAAGAAAUUUUCUUCCCAACAAUUUUUAUAAUUCGUACUAAGACUAUCGUCGAUAACCUUAGGAUUAUAAAGAUGUUGACAGAAGCCCGCUUCAAAUUCGCUCUGGAAAGUCUGAGGCAAUGUAUGUUGCUGGAGCCGAAAGGUAAUGUCUUUUUUAGCCCGCAUCUUCUAUAUCAGAAUCUACUCGUGGUGUACUUCGGGGCGCAAAGUGACACCGAUUUAGAAAAUGAUCUUAAACGAGCCCUCUACAUUCCUGCGGACGUAUCUAAAGCCGUCGUCAAACAAUUCUAUUGCAUUAAGGGACAUAAACAAUUUUGUUACAGAAUUGAAGGAAUUCUGAAGACCUUUUCGUGUCGAAUAUUCAGUAGACUUUUGAUUACUUGCGGUAAAGGCAUAUAUCUCGAUACAGAAAAUUUAUUUACGUCUGGUCAUCGAAUGAAGGAAAUGACUAUUCAGACGAACCCCGAGCUUGUAAGGAAUUACAUCAAUAACACUAUUAAAAGCGUAACGCAAGGUAACAUACAAAACGUGCUAGCACCGACCAGUAUCGAUAACGGCACUGACGUAGUUUCGUUUGACGCGAUCUAUUGCAAGGGUAUAUUCGUAGAGAAGUUGGAGCAGCUUGAAAUCAGCGACAGUGAUGUGACCGAUUCCGAGGAUGAAAAUCACGAAAAUUCCAAUGAUAAGUCUAAGACUUUUCAGACUAAGCUAGACGUAGAUGUCAUGGAAGUGCUUUUCGCACAAGACAAGAUAUCGACGUAUUUUUUAUUUCCAUCGCGCAAUUCGGAAUCAAACGAGAACAAUUUAACAAAUAAUGAAAGACUUCUUCAACUGAUGGAACGACUGGCGACCGAAGAAGGAUCUCAGGAGCUUCAUAAAUUGUUGGAUGAGGGGGUAAAACCGAUAGGAAUGAUGGUUCCGACAUUCAAGAUCGAGCAAAAUCUACGAAUAUACGAACUGUUAGAUAAGCUGCAUCUCGAAGAUCUCACGCCACUUGGCUUCGCCCUUCUACACGAAUUCACUGAUGAAGAGUCUUUGAAACUUGGUGAUGCCCUGCAUCGAGUCAAUCUUGAGGUCACGAUGGACGGUCUCACCGCGACUGCAUGCAACAUGUUCUUCAGCGAAAAUAAUUGCCAUCAUGCGAAGAUAAACACAUCUACGAGUGUCACUUUUCCAUUCAUCUGUUUUAUCUACGAUAAAAGCCAUCGUAACGUGCUUUUUUGUGGUGCCAUGUUAGAAAGCUAAAGACAGUAAAGUCGCAGGUGUUUUUUGUGCCGCGUAAUGAAGGAGACAAAACUUACUUUAAUUGAUAUUGAUUUCUUUUAUAAAAAAAUUUUGUUCAAAAAUUCAAUUCAAAUUUUUAGCAAAAUAACAACAGUUACAAUAGUAAAAUACAUUUGUGAUUUGUUUGAAUAACAUGAAUUUUAUCGAUGGCGUGAUUUUUUAUUUAAAAAAUUAUAAAAUGCUUGAAGAAGUAAAUUAAAUGCAAUUUUUAGUUUUAUGCAAA